UUUCAUUAACCUGGCCGUUGGUGGAGUCACGUCAAUGGUUGUCGUUGUCACCAUCAUCAGUUCCUUUAUAUUCCCUGCCCCACCUCCCAAAGCCCUCAACAUCUUCUUUGGAUUCUGCAUAAUCAUGAUCUGUUCUUCAGUGCUAGUUUUGAUAUUCUGGUAUCGCCAGGGAGACUUGGAGCCCAAGUUCCGGAACCUCAUCUACUACUGCAUCUGCUCAAUCAUCCUCCUGUGCCUCUGUGCCAAUUUGUACUUUCACGACGUUGGCAGAUGAAAACUACUUACAUUGCCUUAAACCAAGCUGCACUGAGAGAAAAGAUGUCUGAAUGGCUGCCCUGCAUGGCUUUAUUUUUCAAAUGAAAAAUCAAACAAUCAAGCAUAGACAAACUGCUAUAUGGUCAAAUGUCUUGUUAAUAAUGAGUGGUGAAGAAUGUAUGACUUAUCCUUAGUUCGGCACUUUGAAACCUCAGGAGUAUAAAUAUUUAAGCUUAGAGAUCCAAAUAGAAAGACUGUCCCACAGGUCAUAGUUUGUCUGUUUAGGAAGGCAUUCCUAGUGUUUCAGAACCGAUCCAAGCAAUUCACAAUAAGCUGUAUCAGAUAACUGCUGGGACAAUCAAUGAGUGGGACCACUGCUGCUAAGACUAGAAAGUAGAGAGCCAUUACUUUUAACUUUGUGUAUAUUCAAAAAUAUAAUUAUGUAUAAUGUAUAAUAAUGUAUAUAAUAAUAUGUAAUUUUCUAGCAAACUAAAUGUGAGACGUGUUCAUCUAAGAGACACAGAAAAUAUAGCAAUAUAAUGUGGAAAUAAAGAUAACUUAAUAUAAUUUCCCCUGCUUGUCCUUAGUUAUGACCGCCCUCUGCUGGUCAAAGAGUGGGAUUGGUGUUGUGAAGCAUGAGAUCUACCCGGGAAUUGACUUCGUGACCAAGACUUUCGAAUACUUCUAGUUUGUGAGUGUCCAGACACAGACGAGUCCAUUCAGCUGAUCUGUUCUUGAAUCAGUAGCAUAUUGUAUAGCUUUUAGAAAUCCAACAGAUCAAAUCGGAAUAAUGUGAUAGAGUAGGCUAGUUAGUGACAGAAUAAUAUGAUUAUUAGGCUAAUCUAUAACCUAAGUGUAGCCAAUUAGCCUAGUAUGAUACACCUAGGACACUUUA